CGGCCCAGGUUGUUGGUGUGGUCUCAUUUUACUUUUCUGUCCUUGGCCAUCUCGCAUCUGAGAGAGUUCGAGGCAGCUACUGGAGAGAGAGAGAACGAGAACGAAAACGAAAAGUGAAAACAGAUCGCGCUCAACACAUCACAGUAAGAUAAAGAAAAUUAAAAUCGUGGAUCGUUUGCGGAAGAGGUAAAAGAAUCAAGAAGAGAAGGAGUGACCGAAGAUGUUGCCCACAACUUCCAAAGGACGUUCUUCUUCUUCUUCCUCCUCCUCCUCUCGACCUAAUAAUCCCAUGCUGCUUCCCUACCUCCGCAGAAUCAUCAAGUGGCAACAAAUGGAUGUUGAGUAUACUUUUUGGCAAAUGUUUCACCUAUGUACGUCGCCGAAAGUUGUCUAUCAGCAUACUAAAUAUCACAAACAAACCAAGAAUCAAUGGGCACGUGAUGACCCUGCAUUUGUUGUGAUCUGCAGUCUUCUUUUGGCAGUUGCAACUUUGGCUUAUUGUGCAGCGUAUGACCAUAGUACUGCACAUACACUUCUUGUUAUCUUCUCAGUGUUGCUUUUCCACUUUUUAUUGACCGGUGUAUUUCUAGCAACUUUUUGUUGGUUCCUGACUAAUGCUUAUCUACGAGAAGAAGCUCCCAAUAGUUAUGUGGUUGAACAGCGUGUUGAAUGGAUGUAUGCAUUUGAUGUGCACUGCAACUCUUUCUUCCCAUUGUUUGUUUUGCUUUAUGUGAUCCAUUAUUUUCUAUCUCCUCUAUUGGUAGCUCAUGGUUUCAUUCCAGUAUUGUUGUCAAAUCUGCUAUUCAUGGUGGGCGCUUCAUACUAUCAUUAUCUAAAUUUCUUAGGUUAUGAUGUUCUGCCCUUUUUGGAGAGGACCACCUUUUUCCUGUACCCAAUUGGCAUCGUAAUUGUCCUUUCUCCCAUUUUGAUUUUAAGUGGAUUCAAUCCUUCUAGAUACUUUAUGAACAUGUACUUCAGUCGACAAAUAUGAUCAUUCCAGCUAAAACUUUUGACCUAUCGGUGUCCUUGAGGUUAUAGAGUAUUCAGAGAACUAUAGCAUGAGAAGGCUUUAAUGGAUGUUUGAUUGUUUGUUUGAAGAAUGCAAUGACCCAGCAAUGCCUCAUUUUAGGCCUUCUAAUACUACUACUACCACCAAUCGAAGUUGGACUGUAGACAGUCCGGGUAGUCGGUGUAUUUUUUACAGUUAUUAGAUAGAAUAUUUGUUCAAAUGAAUAUACUCAUUGUAAUGAUUUUUCUUUGUCAAUCCGGUAGCUUUCCUCCCGACAAAGAGCAAUUUCUAUUGAUAUAUUCUUUCAUGUGGCUAGAUACUUACUCUCCAAAUGAAAGGUUGUCGCCUUUACAUGUGACCCAGUCACUAAUGGAGUCAUUGUUAGUUUGUUUGAGUGUCAUUAGAAGCCACUCAAGCUAGGUAUAAGAGUCAGCGAGGAGCUAAUCAAAGACAGGGGAGGGGGCUUUUUAUAUGUAUGAUAAGUGAUCGUUUUGUAUUUGAUCUGACUGAAUAUUGCUUCUCUCUAAGGUGAGGAGUUUGGUGGUUUGAUUGCAUGGAAGAAAGUAGGAGGUACUUAUCAAAGUAUUGUUAAGUCAA